AUGAAGCUGUCCGCCGCGCUCCUCGUCGCGCCCGUCGCCGCGUUCGCGCCGCGGGCCGCGCCCAAGGCGUCGGCCGUCGUCGUCCACAACAACGGCCAGAUGGGCAACGUCGACGACUCGUACCCGGCCUUCCUGCCCGGCGGCCUCGGCACGGCCGGCCCCAUGCCCGAGGACAGCCUGGACGGCUCGUCGAUCUUCGACGGCCCCAUGGGCUGGGACCGCGAGGCCUACUCGACGGUCUUCGUCGACCCGUCGCAGCUCGACGCGGCCUUCACGAGCGCCAACGGCGCGGCCCUCGACGCCAAGCUCGAGCCGUACAGCGAGGGCGACCAGAAGAAGCUCCUCGACAAGUUCGGCGACCUCGAGCUCCUCAACAUGGACGCGAAGAAGAUCGACGCCUUCAUCAACCCGCCGCCGCCGAAGAAGAAGGCGGCGAAGAAGGAGCCCAAGGAGUAG